UACGGUCAUGUCGAACCUCCCACUCUUGUGGGCACCCGACGCCCACUCGGGCCUACCCAGCUUCAUGACCUCCAUCGUAUUCCAAUACACCCUCCUUAAUGCCCUCGUCAUCCUCUGUGUCCUCCGAGCAUCAAAGACCGCUCGCACUUCUCUCACAUUUGCGUGGAAUUGCUUCUUGAAGCCGAUUGGGAAGGUGGCUAAUCAGAGUGAGAGGUUGGAUAGGUUCUACCAGCAUCAGGCUAGUGUGUACGACGCGACGCGCAAUGGACUGCUACGGGGGCGAAAGACCAUGCUCAAGCUCUGUGCUGCUCAGCUUCGAGAAAUGAAGGCAAAGCAUCCCGGAAAGCCUUUGGUCUGGGUAGACAUUGGGGGAGGUACUGGCUGGAAUAUCGAGCAAAUGGCAGAGUACUUUCCACUCGAGGAGCUAUCGCAGAUCUAUCUCAUCGAUCUUUGCGAGCCUCUCCUCGAAGUGGCUCGGCAAAGGUUCCGCUCAAGAGGCUGGAAGAAUGUGCAGGUCCUUUGCCAGGAUGCCGCUGGUUUUACCUUGCCUGGGUUGCCUGAAGACCACAAGGUCGAUCUCUUCACAUGCAGCUACUCUAUUUCGAUGAUCCCGCCCUUCUAUGCCGUGCUGGACCGCAUCAAUGACAUGCUGGACCCUGAUACCGGCAUCUUUGGAGUGGCUGACUUUUACGUAUCGGGCAAGACCAGUCCAGGACCUCAGACCGCCUUGGUCGGAGGUGACGUACGCAGGGAAUGCGGCUGGUUCAGUCGCUGGUUCUGGCGGACUUGGUUCUCCUUAGACCACGUAGAGCUACAUCCUGCUCGACGAGACUACCUAGAGUACAAAUUCGGUACAAUCAAGUGCUACAAUGGGCGAAACCGAUUCAUCAUCCCUUUCAUCGUUCGCAUCCCCUUCUACGUGUGGAUCGGGUGCUCUCGCAGCCGAGACACAACCAAGGCCGUUCACGCUUACGAGAUUGAGGCGGGCAACCGGGUCAUUUGCCCUCCUUCAUUCCCGGAGCUAUCCUUUGCUCAUAUGCUCGCUCAGAAGCAAGAGGAAGAGGGGACGGCGAAGUCUACAGCCCUACAGCGUCGGUAUUCCCAGGCCACCGAGAGUAGCACCUCCAGCUCAGUCCGACGUCGGGGCUCGGACGAGGAGGGAGAAUCUGAUGUCAGCCUCGACGAUGCUGUUCGACUGGAUCUAGGUCCUAAGCUGCCGCUAAGCUCGUUCCACUAUCAAUCCCACACCUGGCGCUUGCCAUUCGUCGACAACAAAUUCAGUGAGAUGUUCAGGACUUGGAUCUACGGCUUCACGUGGGAGGACCCCUAUGUCGACAUUGAGCACAUGAACCUCAAGUCCACCGAUUCCGUGCUCUGCAUCACCUCUGCUGGAGACAAUGCUCUUCACUACGCCAUUGCUGCAAAGCCUCACCGAAUCCACUGUGUCGACAUGAACCCUUGCCAAGGUCAUCUCCUCGAGCUGAAGCUAGCUUCCAUCGCUGCGCUGACGUACGAUGAGUUCUGGGGUCUGUUUGGACACGGCAAGUGCAACAACUUUGCAGAGCUACUCGACAGCAAGAUCUCACCUCACCUGUCUAGCCACGCCUACCAGUUCUGGCGUCUCAACACGCACUGCUGGGACCGCAACUUCUACUUCAGGGGCUACUCUGGCCAUGCCCUUCGCUUGGCCAAGACUCUAUUCCAAUUGGCAGGCGUCAAUAAGUGGGCACAACGCAUGUGUGAAGCUCCAACUCUCGAGCAGCAACAGUCCAUUUGGGCCAAGCAUCUACGUAAGAUCUUGAUCAACAAGACCUUCAUCAACCUCGUUCUAUCUAACCCUGCGUUCCUGUGGAACGCCCUCGGGGUUCCUAUCAACCAGUACAAUUGCUUCCGUAACGAAGGCGUCACUGCUGGACAAUUUGCCGCCGACACUCUCGAUCCCGUGGUCAAACACACCCUGCUCAAAGACGACAACUACCACUACCACCUCUGUCUCACCGGCCGAUACACACACGAGUCUUGUCCACUGUACCUCAAGCGAGACGCCUUCGAGUCGCUCAAAGAGAAAGCAGCGCAGACACUGAAUGCCUUCAGGCUCCACACCGACUCCAUCGUGCACGUCCUGCGCGGUCUAGGCGACGGGUCCCUCACUCACGCAAUCCUGAUGGACCACAUGGACUGGUUCGACCCCAUUGCUCCUCAAGUCCCCGCCCCCUCCCUCAAGGCCUCCAGGGACGAUGCCAACACGUCCAUCUCUGACCUGGACCGCGAAAUUCGUGAGCUCAGCAGGGUCAUUGCUCCCGGAGGAGCCGUCUUCUGGAGGAGCGCUGCCAAGGAGCCUUGGUACAGGCAGAGGUUUGAAAAGAUGGGAUUCAGGGUACAGCCUAUCCAUAUCAGGAAAGAUGGCAAGGCGAUUGAUCGGGUAAAUAUGUAUGCCUCCUUUUACAAGGCGGUCAAGAUGUGAAGCGAGGGGCGGAAGAAAGGAUCAAAAGACGCGUGUCACGCACUACGACUGCUGAG